AACUGAAAGAACAGGUGGCUUCAUUCAACCUGCAAAUGUCAGAGAAGGAGCUGACUCAGCUUCCUGUGAAUUCUAAUUCCUUCAUCUUCCUGGCUCGGCCACUCACGCCUCCCAGGAGUAUCCAGCAGCAUCGUUACAUGAACGAGCUUCAGAUUCAAAUAGACAGACGACAGAAAUUCAAGGCUCAAGAAGAACAGGAACGUCGUGUCACGGAGUGUUUAGACCAGCUACAUCUGAUUAAGGGAGUAGCUUUGCAGCAAGCCCAGCAACUCCAACGUAAACGGGAAAAGGCUAAGCAAUACAAGAGUGCUCUGGACACCCAGAUGUCUGAAAAGAAGCGCGCAGAACCUCCAGAUUACCACCCUGACAGCUCCACGUUCAGCCGCCGUGAGACAGCAGCGUGCAAAGCAGAAAGCCGCGAAAGGGCGCAGAAGAUCUUCCAGGUAAAUUUUAGUGCUGCCACCAAGAGAACGAAAGAACUGCACAACCAACAGGCACAGCUGGAGAAGGAAAAGGAGAUGUUGAGACGCAAUAAAAUGGAGCUAAUGCACGAUCGUAUCAAACGCUUUGAGAAGAUGCAGGACAUCAGCAAGUCACUAGAGCAAGACUGGAGUCGCAGUGUGAAGCACAAAUACCAGCAAGAGGAAGACGAGAGGCGCUUUCGGAGGUCUGCUGGUCUCCUCCUGGUUGAUAAGCUUGCAGAGUACAGGCGAUGUAGCCAGUGUAAGAGGAGAACCACCAACUAUGGAGAGACCAACAUCUGGAAAGACUCUCAUUACCUGUCUGGUACACAGUUCAUGAUCUGAGGACAUGAAU